CACUCCUUGCGCUAUGUCUACACUUCUGUCUCAGAGCCUGGGCAGCAGGAGCCCCAGUUUUUCUCUGUGGGCUACAUGGACGAGCAGCAGUUUGUUUCCUAUGAUGCCAAAGCCAAGAGACGUGUUCCUACAGUUCCCUGGAUAAGGAAGGUGGAGAAGAAACACCCUCGGUACUGGGAGUGGAACAGCCAGAUUGCGUGGAAAGCUGAGCAAGUCUUUCGAGAGUUCCUGGCGACCCUGGCCAGAUAUUACAACCAGAGCGGAGGGACUCAUACCUGGCAGUCAAUGUACGGCUGUGAACUGAGGAGAGACGGGAGCAAAGGAGAGUAUUGGCAGUACGCCUAUGACGGGAGGGACUACAUCAGCUUUGACAAGGAGACCCUCACCUGGACGGCAGCCGAUGUCCCAGCCCAGAACACCAAGAGGAAGUGGGAGGCUGAACCUGCCAUUGCCGAGCGCAACAAGGCCUACCUGGAGGAAGAAUGCAUUCAGUGGCUGCAUGAAUUUGUGGACUACGGGAAGGAGACGCUGCUGAGGACAGAGGUGCCCGAAGUGAAGGUGACACGCAAGGAGGACUAUGAUGGCAUGGAGACCUUGAUCUGCCGGGUGGGGGGCUUCUACCCCAAGGAGAUUGACAUCACCUGGACAAAGGAUGGGGAGGUCUGGAUGCAGGAUGUCUUCCAUGGCCUGGUGUCCCCCAACUCGGAUGGGACUUACUACACCUGGCGGAGCGUCACAGUGGACCCCAAGGAGAGGGAACACUACAAAUGCCACGUGGAGCACGAUGGGCUUCUGAAACUUGUGGACGUGGCCUGGGAGGAGCCUGCCUCCAACUUGGGGCUCAUCAUCGGGUGUGUCGUGGGGGUUCUCCUCCUGAUAUCUGUGAUGGCUGGGAUUGCUGUAUAUUUCAGAAAUAGUCAAGAUGGAUACAGAGCAGCUGCAGCAUGAGUGACAGGUCCACCAUGGAGGAGAAGAGGGGAAGAGUGACAUCCCUCUCAGCACUUGAGGAUUUCUCCACUGAUCUUCACGGCCUUGUCACCUCUCCAACUGUCAAGAAUAUUUUUCAUUGGAAAGAGCUGGGCUUGAAAUGAUCUUUUUGUAGGAAUAUUGCAUUUUGGGAUACGUUUUGCAGCUGAAAGGAUGAGACAAGUGUGGAUUUAAAUGGUUAUUUUAAGUGUAUUUUAAUGUUUUUACAACACUAGUAUUUAAUUGUUUUUUUAACUUUUGUACUGCACUUUUAAAACUUGAAUAAAGUGUGAAAAAGA